CUUUGGGACAUUCUUGUCGCCUAUACCUUGGUUGUUGUGCUCCUGUGCGUCAUUGUUUGGAGCCUACUGCUUCGCCUAGCAACAUUCGAGACGAGAUUCGAGAUUAUUCCAGGUCCGAUUAGGGGUUGACAUUUGGGAACGUGAGUGAGCCUGCGUCAUUAUCGAGACACCGGUCAAGGGUUUGGGGAUAUACUGGAGGAAUCGGGGACGCGAAGAAGUCAGUCGGUGGGAGCCUGGGAGGAUCCAGGCCAUCAUCAACCAGGUCGAACGAAGGCGACGGCGGAAGGGUGACGAGGGUCAUCAUCAAGGCCAGGAACGGCUCUCAUCGGAAACUGACGUUGGAGCAUUGUUGGAGUUGGUCUGCAGGGCUCAGGACGGAUCGUACGGAAAGAGGUGUGAAUUGACGCAAUGCCGGCCAUACGCGCCAUUAACCCAUUUGCCGCGCCCCUCGCGCACACCGAGACUGUCCUCUCCGAGAAGGAGCCCAUUCGCAUCGAGGCGAGAGAUACCACUGUCCCCGUCCCGCCGACCAAGACCGGUCUGCGUUUCGUACGACCAAAGUUCUCUCUGCCGUUCAGCACAUCUCCCAAGGCGGCCAAAGUGCAAUCCCUGGCCGAGAUCAACACACAGGAUCAGCUGAAGCCACCUCAAGGGUCGCAGUUCAGGCCGCCGAGCCCACAGAUCCCGACGCUGAGCCUCCCAACCAUCAAUUUGACGACAGCAACGGGCGAGAAGAGCAAGAUGGAGGAUCUGCCGAAGCCUAUGACACUGUUCCAACCGCCGUCGCCCACAGAGGCGCGCCGCAUUGCACGACAGCACGCGGCGUUCGGACCACUCGGCUCAAAGCAGCACCUGUACUCCUCGAGAUUCGUCGGCACUGAUUUUCCUGAGCCAAUCGAGGACGAGCCUCCGUACUACUUUCUCAUCACCACCUACAUCUCAUACCUGAUUCUUAUCAUCUUUGGACACGUGCGGGACUUCUUCGGCAAGCGAUUCAAGCCAGAUCACUACAAACAAUUGAGAGAGCACGAUGGAUACGCUCCUCUUAAUUCUGAUUUCGACAACUUCUACAUUCGACGACUCCAGCUGCGAAUCAACGACUGCUUCCGCAGACCAGUCACCGGAGUGCCGGGCCGCUUCAUCACACUCCUGGACCGCACCAGCGAUGACCACAACCUGUCAUUCAAGCUCACAGGCACCACAACCCAGACGCUGAACAUGUCGUCGUACAACUAUUUGGGCUUCGCUCAGUCAGAAGGAGAGUGUGCCGACGAGGCAGAACGUGUGCUGAAGAAGUACGGAAUCUCUUACUGCUCGCCCAGAGGAGAUGUCGGCACGUCUGAUCUGCACGUUGAUGUAGAACGCCAGGUCGCCGAAUUUGUUGGCAAGGAGUCUGCUACCAUAUACUCCAUGGGCUUCGUCACCAACGCUACCAUCUUUCCGGCUCUUGUUGGCAAGGGUUGCCUCUUGAUUUCUGAUCAGUUAAACCACUCUUCCAUUCGAUUUGGUGCCAGACUCAGCGGUGCAGUCAUUGACAUGUUCCAACACAACGACAUGAACGAUCUUGAACGUCUUCUUCGCGAGCGCAUCUCACAAGGACAGCCACGCACACACAGGCCCUGGAGGAAAAUCUUGGUCGCAGUCGAAGGUUUGUACAGCAUGGAGGGUACCAUGUGCAACCUGCCUGGUCUGGUAGCACUGAAGAAGAAGUACAAGUUCAACCUCUACGUCGACGAAGCGCAUUCCAUUGGUGCUCUUGGCCCACGCGGUCGUGGUGUGUGUGACUACUUCGGAAUCGACACGGCGGACAUUGAUAUCUUGAUGGGAACGUUCACCAAGUCUUUCGGUGCCAACGGCGGCUACAUCUGCAGUAGCAAAUCCAUCAUCGAUAAGAUUCGAGUGACGAAUGCGGGUACGAUCUAUGGCGAGUGUCCAACACCUGCUGUCCUUGCGCAAAUCAGCUCCAGUCUGAGAAUUAUCGCUGGUCAACUUGCACCAGGCCAAGGCGAGGAGCGCCUGCAACGUCUAGCGUUCAACUCUCGCUACCUUCGACUUGGAUUGAAGCGUCUUGGUUUCAUCGUCUAUGGCCACGAUGACUCGCCCAUCAUUCCACUUCUGCUCUAUCACCCAGCCAAGAUUCCAGCCUUCUCCCACGAGAUGCUCAAGCGCAAGAUUGCAGUUGUGGUUGUCGGUUAUCCUGCUACACCCCUGAUCUCCUCACGAGCUCGGUUCUGCGUUUCUGCCGCGCACACCAAGGACGAUCUAGACCGAUUAUUGGCAGCAUGUGAUCAAGCGGGCGAGGUGCUUCAACUGAAAUUCAGUUCCGGAGUCGCUGGAGGCCAGGAGCCAAUUCCAGACGGCUUGACCAACAAGGAGGAGGUGGAAAUCCGAUCUUGUCUCGAGGCAGGUGGCAACCCGGCUGUCAACGCACCACGAUGGAAGUUGGAGGAUGUCAUCAAGCGAGGCGUACAAGACGUGAAGCAACCACUAUGCUGAAGAAAGUACAUGAAAUCACGUCCUGCUAGGGGAGAAUGAAUCGAUGUGUGACAAGAAUACCGCAUGCUGCAUAUGGUGUAGACAAGAGUCCUGCCCCGAAAGAGUCAUGUUUUAUUCGAGAAAGAAGCCAGAAGGAGAGGCUAGUCACGCGACGCGUUCCGCACACGCUGCACACCAACAAGAUGCAUGGAAUGAUGUCAAUGCAUGCAAUUACCACCAUCAUCGACCAGCGGCUGGUUUACCGCUCGGUCACGAAACGAAGAAGCACCCGCCAAAGUGAAGGCGCGUGUGGGAAGAUGAGACGCAUGUGAAGGGUCGAAGCAGUUAGAUUCCCCUAGACUAUUAAUGUGUAUAUUCCAUUCUAGAGCAGAGAGAAUAGCAUUGAAGGGAAUGUGUUUGAGAUGAGAGAAUCGAGAAGGAUGAGACGGGAAUGAACAAUCAUCUCAAUAUCAUUCAUUGUUUCAUGAGCUGCUGGUCAGCUGCUCAAGAUCUC